AUGAGAGCUGGCAUUGGAACUCUUAAUUGCCUGGACAACCAUUCCGAGGGUCCCAGCCCUGUGUCGGUCAGAGAACUGCUUGGGCGAAGGCUUCACAAUUGA